GUACGUUUUUCUCAAUAAUAAAUCCCAACUACAUAAACCCCUCAUAUCUUCACACAAACUAAAUCUCCUUGCUCAACCAAUUAUUUUUUUUAUCUCAUUCAGGCAUCAUUUCAACAAACACCUUUUGCAAACAGAAAAAAAAGCUUCAAUUAACUACAUUGUGACAUUGUCAAUACUAUGGCUAGGGCACAACAAAGAUAUAGAGGAGUUCGACAGAGACAUUGGGGUUCUUGGGUCUCCGAAAUUCGCCAUCCUUUACUGAAGACAAGAAUUUGGUUAGGCACAUUUGAGACAGCGGAAAAUGCAGCAAGAGCAUAUGAUGAAGCAGCAAGGCUUAUGUGUGGUCCAAGAGCUAGAACCAAUUUCCCAUACAACCCAAACAUGCCACAAACAUCUUCAUCUAAGCUUCUCUCAACUACUUUAACAGCCAAGUUACACAAAUGCUACAUGGCUUCACUUCAAAUGACCAAAACUUCACCACAAGAACACAAAAUAGCAAAAAAUGCACCCAAUGUUCAAGAAAGUGUUAUUAAUUCCUAUGAAAUGAAACAACAAAUGUUGGUACCAAAUUCAUCAGUCCCAUUGACACAUUAUCAUGAGGAAAAAACAGCCAACUUGGGAGUAAUUAGGAAAGUUGAAGAUCAAGUACUGGAGGGCAUACCACAAUUUGCCAAGCCACUUGAAGAUGAUCACAUUGAACAAAUGAUUGAAGAAUUGUUGGAUUAUGGGUCCAUUGAGCUUUGCUCUAAUGUUCCUUCUCACUAAAUUCCAGUUAGCUUCUACAUUUGGUCGGUACAAGUACCAGAUAACUCUUUACUGAUGUUCUUUCUCAGUAAUUGUCUCCUCUUGGGACCUACAUAGUUCUGCACUAGAAAGCUACUCAUUUUGCUAAUUUAACCCCAUUUAUAUAGCCAUUUCCAACUUGUUUGGGACCGAGUCAUAGUAAUUGUUGUACUAAGUCUUUUAAGUAGUCUCCCUCUGUCUAAAAUCUAUGUAUCAUUAGUAGGUCUAGGCAUUUCCUCUCUUUGGUUCCUAGAGUUGUUGCUUUAAGAGAACCUUCUACUAGUAAAAUUCCAGUAUAAUAUAAUCUUUUUUCCUCACAUAAUUUGUCUUCUUUUUGUUUACGUGGCUACAUACUUAUAGCGAUCAAAGAGCAUAU